ACAGUCCCUAAAGAAAGUGCUGCAGAGUGAGUUUUGUACAGCUAUCAGAGAGGUGUAUCAAUAUAUGCAUGAAACCAUAACUGUUAAUGGCUGCCCCGAAUUCCGAGCCAGGGCCACAGCAAAGGCAACAGUUGCUGCUUUUGCUGCCAGUGAAGGCCACUCACACCCGCGAGUGGUCGAGCUGCCAAAGACCGAUGAAGGCCUCGGCUUUAAUGUCAUGGGAGGAAAAGAGCAGAACUCUCCUAUUUACAUUUCUCGCAUCAUUCCUGGAGGAGUGGCAGAAAGGCAUGGAGGUCUCAAACGGGGGGACCAGCUGCUUUCUGUGAACGGAGUGAGCGUGGAAGGAGAACACCAUGAGAAAGCCGUGGAGCUCCUGAAGGCGGCCAAGGAGAGUGUAAAGCUGGUGGUUCGCUACACUCCCAAAGUGCUGGAGGAGAUGGAGGCUCGGUUCGAAAAACUGAGGACUGCCCGACGCCGGCAACAGCAGCAGUUGCUCAUUCAGCAACAGCAACAGCAGCAAACUGCACAGCAAAACCAUAUGUCGUAGAAAAAAAWGCAUCUUGAAAAUAGAUGAAAGACCUUACAGAUUCUGGAGUUAAUUUCCAAGUGAGAACCCAGAAAUCAGUACUCACUGUGCAGCUUUGGCAUAUGUGCAAACAAGACUGUGUAAGAAGUUUGUAUUUCCCUGGAUCACUCCUAGAAAAACAGAGCAUUUCUGACAAGUAAGAAGAAGGUGCGACCAGAUUUAGACAUAUUUUUAAUGGCUUUUCACUGCUCUGUUACUACUGUGAAACUGAACAGUUAGAUUUACUGCUGGUAUGUGAAGUCUCUCUAGUCCACUGCCUGCUCCAGGAAACCCAAACUUUUCCUCUGCAGGGAAUCCACAAGUACCUGCUUCUUAUCUAAGGUUUGCUAGGGAAUAUUUCAUUCACUCUAGCCUCACGUUCAAUAUUACAGYAGCUUCCAAGAGGCUUCUAAGUUCUCAGUCAAAACAGCUGGCAUAUGAAGCACAAAGAUACCAAAGCCCAGAUUCUCCACACAGSCACUUCUGAAAUCAGUGAGAAAUCGCAUGGAUACCUUUAUGGAUAUGCUAAAUUUCUCCAAGGCAUGGAGUAUAAUACUCCACAUACAAUGAGUAUAUAGUAAAGCAAGGACUUAAAUCCUGAUCUUCCUUAUCCCUUGCCAGAGGUUCCCAAAACAGGAUGCUUGAACCAUUAGUAGUUUGCAAGGGACUCAGAAGGUCCCCAAAUGGCGCAAGAUGAGAAAUGGAAGCUCCUGAUGAUGCUUUCGUUCUUCUUAAUGUUGGCACUGUUCUCUGUUGAUUGACAGAUAUGCGUGUGUGUAUGUAUA